AUGCGCCCAGACGGACCUCGUGAUACGGUCGCUGGACCCGAGGAAGGACCACGACCACCCUUUCCGCUGAAGCUGAAUGGCAAGGUCAUCAAAGGAUUCGGUCGUGGAAGCUCAGAGCUCGGUAUCCCAACCGCAAACAUACCUAUCUCCGGGCUAUCUGUCGGUGGCCAUGAAGACGUAGAGUCUGGAGUCUACUACGGCUGGGCGGGCCUGUCUCCUUCUCAGGCCAUCCUUCAAAAUCCACCCGGCGGGCAGUCAAACUACGGCCAUCUGACAUCGGCGGUCCACCAGGAGCUGAACGCUGUGCUCAGCGGCAAGGGCCCAAUUGAUCUACAGCAUCACGGAGCGGUAUACCCGAUGGUCAUGUCCAUUGGCUGGAACCCCUUUUACAAGAAUACGGUGCGGAGCGUGGAAGUGCACAUCUUGCACGGAUUCCAGACCAACUUCUAUGACAGCCACAUGAAUCUGGUUAUCCUAGGAUUCAUCAGGCCGGAGUACGACUAUGUCAGCAAAGAGAGCUUGGUCGACGACAUUAAGACCGAUAUCAAUGUUGCUGGACGAAGCCUGGCACGGCUUGCCUACGCGAAGUUUCUCGAUGAUCCGUAUCUACUGGACUUCAAAGGCAAAGAUGAGAUUGCUAGCUAA